GCUCAGAGCGUGGGGGAGGGCAGUGACACGGGUAGAGGAAAUUUGGGAGGAGUGUCGGGGGGCUGUAACUUAAAAGGGGGAGGUAACUGCAGCUUAGGGACUUUGGGUGAUGGGAGCGCAAUGUAUGAGGGGAUACCCUGCAUUGGGUUUCAAAGAGCCGGAAGCGUAGGAAGAAACCAGAGAAAAAGUGCCUUCUCUAGGAGGAGGUUACAGGUGGUGCCUCCAGAACAGCUCUGGGGCUGCAGGCAGUAGUGGAAGAGGGGGUCUGAGCACUUUGAGGAAGGGACUAGCGUCUGAGGGCGAGGGGGGAGUUGCAGACUUUUUGAAGACUGGCAGGAAUGUGCCUCCUGGCCAUCGGUGCUUCCCCCCUGGGGGGAGGCAUCAUUAGGGACUGUGGCAGGCUCCUCUGAACGCUGAGCGGCGGAGGUCCAACUCCACGUAUGGAUCCAGGGAACGAGAAUUCAGCCACAGGGGCUGCCUCGAUCCUAGACCUCGAUCCUGACUUCGAACCCCAGAGCCGUCCCCGGUCCUGCACCUGGCCCCUUCCCCAACCAGAGCUCAUUACUAAGCCGUCGGGGCCACUCGAGGUGGAGCCUGGUCUGGGAGAGAAGGUACACACGGAGGGGCGUUCAGAGCCGAUCCUGUUGCCCACCCGGCUCCCAGAGCCGGCAGGGGGCCCCCAGUCCGGGAUCCUGGGGGCUGUAACAGGUCCUCGGAAGGGAGGCUCCCGCCGGAAUGCCUGGGGAAAUCAGUCAUAUGCAGAACUCAUCAGCCAGGCCAUUGAAAGCGCCCCAGAGAAGCGACUGACACUCGCCCAGAUCUAUGAGUGGAUGGUCCGCACCGUGCCCUACUUCAAGGACAAGGGUGACAGCAACAGCUCAGCAGGAUGGAAGAACUCAAUCCGCCACAACCUGUCCCUGCACAGCAAAUUCAUCAAGGUUCACAAUGAAGCCACCGGCAAGAGCUCUUGGUGGAUGCUGAAUCCCGAGGGAGGCAAGAGUGGCAAGGCACCCCGCCGCCGGGCAGCCUCGAUGGAUAGCAGCAGCAAGCUGCUCCGGGGGGGGCGCAGCAAGGCCCCCAAGAAGAAAUCCACUGUGCUGCCUACUCCGCCUGAAGGCGCCACGCCAACCAGUCCACUAGGCCACUUCUCCAAGUGGUCCGGCAGCCCUUGCUCCCGAAACCGCGAGGAAGCCGACAUGUGGACCACCUUCCGUCCACGAAGCGGUUCCAAUGCCAGCACCGUCAGCACUCGGCUCUCCCCCAUCAGACCCGAGUCUGAGGUGCUGGCAGAAGAGGAAAUGUCUGCCUCAGUCAGCAGCUAUGCAGGCAGUGUCCCUCCCACCCUGAGUGAAGAUCUCGAGCUGUUAGACGGGCUCAAUCUCACAUCACCCCACUCCCUGCUUUCUCAGAGCAAUCUUUCUGGUUUCUCUCUGCAGCAUUCAGGGGUUUCAGGUCCUUUACACACCUACAGCACCUCCCUCUUCAGCCCAGCUGAGGGGUCUCUGGCUGCUGGAGAAGGGUGCUUCUCCAGCUCUCAGUCUCUGGAGACCCUGCUAGCUGCUGAUAAGCCACCCCCUCCUGCUGAUGUUCUGAUGACGCAGGUAGAUCCCAUUCUGUCCCAGGCACCUGCCCUUCUUUUGCUGGGGGGAAUUCCUUCCUCCAGCAAACUAGUUACCGGAGUAGGCCUAGGCCCCAAGCCCCUUGAGGCCCCAGGCCCCAGCAGUCUGGUUCCUCAUCUUUCUAUUGUAGCACCCCCUUCUGUCAUGGUGGGUGCUCCCAUCCCUAAGGCCUUGGGAACGCCUGUGCUCACCCCUCCUGCUGAAGCUCCAAGCCAAGAAAGAAUGCCUCAAGAUCUGGAUCUCGAUAUGUAUAUGGAGAACCUGGAGUGUGACAUGGAUAACAUCAUCAGCGAUCUCAUGGAUGGGGAUGAAGGACUGGACUUCAACUUUGAGUCAGAUCCCUGAGCCUUGGCUGGAAGCUUUUUUUCUCCCUGCUUCAGAUGUGGAGCCAGGUGUGCCCAUAGCCACUCUUUACCCUUGACUCUAUCCCAGGAAUUUGGGCCCCUACUUUAGCACUAGAGUGGGGUCUGCUCACACAAGUGUUGAAGAAAUAAAUGAUCAAGAAAAAAAUGCCCCAAACAAGGACUCUCAGGUGGGGGAGGGAAAGGGAUGGAAGAAGGGAGCAGGUUUAUUCUCACUGUGCCAAUUACUGAGUAAGGUCCCCUCUUUGGAGCCAUCCCUUGGCCCUCAUUCCCACCUUGCCUUAUAGUGAGGGUGGGCUGUGCUGUUGGAAAUGUGAAAUCACCAGUGGCCUUACCUCUGCCUUUGGGGGCAGAAUUUUUUGUAGUCUUAUCUGAGUUGGUCCAGGCUAUAUGGAACUUGGGGGGGGGGGUUGUUUUAUUUUUUUGUUUUUGAAGUAGCCCAUUAGGCCAGUGGAGUGUUUGUAUAGGAGGAGGGAAGGAUAGUGGGGACCUGGAAGGGCUAAGGUCUGAGUACUGACUCAUCAGGCCAAAUCAUCUUUGGGGGGCUGAAGAAAAUAGGAAGACUUUUCUAAACCUUUAUAGAAGUAAAAACAAAUAUUAGAAUGGCAAGGUGCUAGUGAUGAAGCAAGUGUUUUUCUUUCUGAAGGCUAUGUCACAGUGAUAUGAAGCAAACACUACAGAUGAUACUUAGGGAAACAUAAGUGGGGGGUGGGAGAUGGAGGGGAGAGGACUCCAGGUGACAGAGCAGGGACCCAGGGAUACUGCUGUACAGAGAAGAGCUGAACUAGCAAAACUCCCACGUGGACAAGAACACAGUCCAGAUUUCAUGUAGUUUAUGCAGCACUAGCUUAGUUUCCUGAAGAGAAAGCUCCACCCCUUAUUCUCUGACUGUGCCUCAGAAGUGUGUGUUGGGGGUGGGGAACCACACUUCUUUAUGGCUCAGUCUCCAUAAAGGUUAGGGCUAAGUGAGAGUGCCCUGGAGAUUUGGGAUUAGUUUGUGGCCAGAGGAAAGGGCUGGGGGUGGUAAGCAGAGCAGGAGAGAAGGAUUAGGGUGGUGAAGUUGGACAGGAGACCUUGACAGACUGCAGGGCUUAUGUGGAAGCUUCUGUGUAGGGGCAGGGAGGCGGGACCCGGAAUGGGGAGCUGCACCCUUAGUCUGGAAAAUGAUUCUCCAAGGAGAGGAAUGAGGAUCAGGUUUAUUGCACCUGCCAGGGAGGCCAUAGGGAGGCUCCCUCUCCUAUUCCUGGCCCCCAAAGUAGCCCCUCCUCCUCCUGAGCCACCUUUUGUAUUGUCCCCUCCCCCACUCCUGCUGUGGGUUCCCAUCAUUUCCUGCAUCAGUGCCUAGCCUACCCAGAUUGUUGUCACAUGCUAGAUUGGAGUGGGGAAGUGUGUCAAAUCAAUAAAAGAAUAAAUUCAAUAAUGCCUACAA